UAAAGAUUCAUGUGAGUAUAAAUAGUAUAAUUAUAAAUAUAUAUUUUAAAAGGAAGUCAAACCAAAAUUAUUUCAUUUUUUGCAAAUUCUUCUUUUAUGUCUGCUAAUUUUUCAAAUCCCUUUGACUUCAUCAAUUUAUCCCCUCCCUUUUACAGCAUGCAUAGCGUAAAAAUAAAUCCUUCCCUGUUUCCCUGCUGCCACCACCAAUUUCUUGUUUUUAUUUUAUUUCUGGAUUCUCUGGUUCUGCUUGAUGUUUUUGUUUUUAAUUAUUGACAACUCCUACCUGCAACUACCUCAAACAGCCGCCUCUCAAAAGCAGAAAAACAAAUUAUAAGAAUGUACAAUCAAGAAGAUGAACAGCGGUUUCGAUCCGAGCUUUAAUUUAUUUUUGCCUUUGCUGCGUGAUUGUGAAAACUGAAAAGUUGCUUUUUUCUGCUCUGCGACGUCAGUGAAGAUUUUAUUAUGAAAAAAAAUUGAAAUAUUUCACCAAAAAUGAUCGAUGCCGAUGACCACUCCUGAUGGAACCUCCUGCAGACACAACAUCAUCUCAUAGCUAGGGUGCAUAAAAAAAAUAGAAAAUAAAUUUCAUCUAGAAAGCGACUGAAGAAAUUUGAAAAAAUUCUUCUCAGAAGGACACUGAAAAGGAGAGAGAUUUGCUAUGUCGGGGGGCUUCAAACUGAUUGAGUUGCCUCGAACACAUGGAGACUUCAAGUACAUUGAAGAGAAGAUGCACAAUUCUAUAGUAGCUCAUGACAACCACAUCAAGUUCUCCAGCUAUGAAAUUCAAACGGUGUUCAAAGUUCAAAACCCCAACUUGUAUAAAACUUACGAGAAACACAGAGGUGAGAUGAAUAACAAGAUCAAGAAGGAAAGCAAAAGUUCUGGAUAUGUGGAGGAGAUGAGACUGUGGCAUGGAUCUCCUCAGGCUGAGAAAAUCUGCCAAAUCGGCUUCAAUUUGCAGCCAUCAAACCCUAACGGAAUGUUUGGCAAAGGAAUCUACUUUGCUGAGCACUCCUCAAAGAGCAACCAGUACUCUUGGGGUGUCAACAGCGGCUGCCCAACUCACAGAGAUCAAAGCUGCUACAAAUGCAUCCGUCAGAUGCUGCUGUGCAAAGUGGCGCUUGGACGAAAGUACCUCACCCCUCAACUGAUCACCAAUGCACCUCCCCAAAUUGACACUGUCGUGGCUCGACCUGAAACUAUCAAUGUUGGUCUCCGGUACCCUGAGUAUGUCAUCUACAAUCAAGACCAGGCCUACCCUGACUACCUGGUCCACUACAGAAUCCUGCCUGAAUUUUGCAAGGACUGCACGGAUACGCAGCCUGUGAUGAAGGCCAAGCAGAUCCAGCUCGCUACUCAACCACAACCUGCGCCUAUAGUGGCCAUUCCAGCUCAAGCUUCUUCCGUCUUGGAUGGCUGCACCAUCUGUUAAUCUUGUUUUAUUGUUAGCUUUUUCAUUUAUUUGCAGACCAUAUUCCCUUUAGCUUACGUAAAAUAAAAUGGCUUGCUCAUGUCGAUGGAUUUAGACGUUGCACUUAAUUCAAAUACUGCGCGUGACUAAUAAAAAUGUUUUCAUUUUGUAACUUUUCAUAAUAAUUAUAAAGCUUGUUUAAUAUUAAUCCAUUUCUAAUCAUGUGUUUCAAGGUAAACCGUGUAUCUUUUUUAAAAGGAAAUUUAGUUAAUUUUAAUCAAAUUUUAUGUUCUAAGUUUGAGAUUUGAGCUAAGACACUGGUAAUAUUUCGGUGUGUUUGAGGGCUGUUCAGUAGUUAUUUAAAUUAAUGAGCCUUCUCACAAUUAGAUGUAAAUCAUAUUUACCUUUUUCAAAUGCCCAGAAAAAUGUGAAAAUGAAUUUGAAACAACUUGUUGAUGUUCAAGAACACAAACCCAAACAACAAUUUCGACUCCAAGACCAGAAUAAUCUUUUAGCUGCAUUUGUAUUUUGACAUAUGCAAGAAAGCAAGAGGGUAAAUUUAUCAAA